CACUUGUCAUUCGUAGAUUACUAUUGUGAACUGUCGAUUCGGGGGCAAUUUAGUAGCAUAAAUUCGUCGCAACUGCCUGCAAAAAUGUUCUCGAGAGCCGCUCUUCUCACAGCCCAGCGCCCCUUGACCGUGGCCGCCACCCGGUCGGCUGCUGCUGCCGCCGCUUCGCCCGCCGGUGGUGCCGUCGAACGCCGCCAGCGUCCAGAGCACCCUGGCAAGGUUCGCCUGGGCUUCAUUCCUGAGGAGUGGUUCCAGUUCUUCUACAACAAGACCGGUGUCACCGGACCCUACACUUUCGGCGUGGGUCUGAUCACCUACUUGUGCUCCAAGGAAAUCUACGUCAUGGAGCACGAGUACUACAGCGGUCUGUCCCUUGGCAUCAUGGCCGUUAUCGCCGUCAAGAAACUCGGCCCAGUGAUUGCCAAGUGGGCUGAUGGCGAAAUCGAUAAAAUCGAGGCUGAGUGGAAGGAGGGACGCGAAGCCGAACUCAAGGUGCUGUCCGACGCCAUUGAGGCCGAGAAGAAGGAGCAGUGGCGUGCUGAUGGUGCCCUGCUGCUGAUGGAGGCCAAGAAGGAGAACAUUGCCUUGCAGCUGGAGGCCGCUUUCCGUGAGCGUGCCAUGAACGUCUACUCUGAGGUGAAGCGCCGCCUGGACUACCAGGUGGAGUGCCGUCACGUCGAGCGCCGUUUGAACCAGAAGCACAUGGUCAACUGGAUCACCAGCAACGUGCUGGCCAGCAUCUCGCCCCAGCAGGAGAAGGAGACCCUCAACAAGUGCAUUGCUGACCUGAGUGCUCUGGCCCUGCGUGUCAAGUCCGCUUAAACGACUCGAGUUUUAGUUGUUAAAUUGUAAAUUAAAACCCAUUCGAGACGCAGCAACCAUAUGGAAUAUGCCCGCAAGAUGAUAAAUCGAUCCAAUAUAUCUUUGAACAAUCUGUGUCUGAAAA